AUAAUUCUUAAAGGAUAGAGUCAUCUGGAAAAUUUUAGGAAUUCAUCUUGCUAUAGCAAAAGCAGACGAUUUUUCUACGCUUUAGUAUUUAAUCAGUUUUCGUGAAGUGAGAGAAUGCAAGUUAUUGGAAUUGAUGGUCGUGUUGUUGGCUAUCUUUUUUGUUUUCUGAUACUCCAAGCAAAAUUAACGAACUCCAGAACUUCUUGGAGACUCAGUGCUGACAAAGUCAUCAAGACAACAGAUUUCGUGAAUACAAUUGAAGAUGAUCCUAUUUUCGAUAUCUUGGCUAGUAGCAUUAGUGUCGGAAAUGGACAAAGUUGGAGUAGGACAGCUAUUUCUGAAAAUUAUGAAAAAAUACAAUCAUAUUGUCAAGAUUGCAAAAAUGUUGCUUCUGGAAAUCAUGAACGACGAUUCUCGUCAUACGUGUUGAAGGAUACAUCAAAUGCCACUGAAUCUUUUCCUCUAUCAUCUCAAGUAUCAAAUGAACAAGUUAUGUGUGCUUCUGGUCAACAAUGUGAGGAUAUAAUUCUAGACUGUGGAAAGCCUGUUAAUUUUACUUAUUAUGAUAACUUGCUUGGUGUUGCAAAUAGAGAUAAACAUCCAUUAGUUCCAGAACCUAAUGUAGCACUUAUGUUUAAGAAAAAUGGUGGCAAAACUAUAGAUGUUGAUAUUGAUCUAUUAGAGAAACGUUUAAUAAAAGCAAAACGAGAGAAACCAAAAUCUGUUCAACUUUAUAAUCAAAUAGGAAAUUUUUGGCGUAUAAAAGGUGAUGCACAAAGAUCAAUUGAAUGUUUUCGAAGAGCACUUGCUGUAUCACCUCAUAAUGCAGAAGUAUUAUUAAAUUUAGCUCGAGUAUUAUUAGUUCAACAAUAUUUGGAUGAUGCAACAUAUUUAGCAAGACGUUCUUUAGAAUUACAACCUCCAGAUCGUAAUGCUUGGGAACAGUAUCUUACACUUGGACAAAUAUUUAAAGCAUAUGGCCAUUAUCAAGAAGCAGCAGUACAUUUACGACAUGCCUUGGAAUUAAAACCAGAUCUCUCUGAAGCUGCAGAAGCUUUAAGAGAGGUAGAGUCACUUCCAGCUGCAAGCAUACAUAUCUAUACAUUACUAAUAAUUAUUUGUUUGGUACUUGGAGUACUUUUAGUAGUUUUAAGCAGUGUAGAGUGUGAUGAAGAUUCUAGUUUAGUUAAUGGACAACUUCAACGUCCAGUUCAACGUCAUUUUAGUCGCGCCAUGGCUAUGCGCAGUUUACGACUUAAUGUUGCUCGUAAUAAACGUUGUUGAUUAUUUAUUAAAAAUAUAAAUAAUCUUAUGAUAUAAUAGAACCUUGAUCAAUGCAUGUAAACAUUAUUCAUUAUAUUGAGAUGAGCAUUUUCAUGUUCUAUGGACAAACAAAUGAUUUAUAAAAAACAUAUAAAUCUUAGACUGAUUGUUUGAAAUAUUUGUUGCACAAAUCUUGAUAUUUACAUAUAUUUUUAAUUUCAUUUUGUGCAAUAAUCAAGGUUCUACUAUAGAAUAAAAUUUUCAGCUGUUAUUAUGUAUGUAAUUGCAAAGUAUUAUUUGUAAUACGAUUUUUAAUAAUUAUUUAGUAUAUUAAUAAUUAUGCAAUUUAUUAUAAUUAUAAAUGAAAAUAUACAAUAAAAAGCAAUACUAUUUUUCAUUUACUAUAAAAAGAAAAAUAAUGUUAAAUAUGUGCAUAUACAUACAUGCGUAUACAUAUUUUAUUAUUACUUUCGUAACUACAAAUGGAAUGUAAUUUACGGAAUUACGAGAUAUUUUUGUUAAAUAUUAACAUAGAUAAUAUUAACAGUAUUACUUAACAUCAUUUACAAUAUACAGUGAUAUUAAAAUA